UACAAACCUCGGUGAACGUCUAACAAAAGAAAAAGAAAGGUUAAUAAAACCCUAGCUCAAAUCACGAAUGUCUUCCGCCCACAAUCGUCCUGAAGAAAUACUUGUACCACCUCUAUUUUUUAUACUUGAACGUCCAAAUCAAAGUAAUACUUCCAAUUUGUUUAGUUCAGCAAAUUGGGGAAAAGUCACAUCCUUGAACAAAUUCUACAAAUUUUGCUCGCGGAACAAAGGCCGUCUUUUUUGCUAACUGACGCAUCGAGGAGAACAGCAAUCUCCCGAUCUGCCGCUAACGGAAAUGCAGAACCGGUUGAAUUACUCACUUUGCUUUGUCCUAGUUUGCUUCUUGGGGCUUUUUCAGUUACGGGUUUCAGCACGAGGCCAAUUGAUUCAAAUUAGGAACCCCAGAUUUUCCUCUGAGAAACUCUUUCUGGGAAGUUCUCGGGAUUGUAAAGCGAACCCUAACGAUGGAGAAAUUGAAAGCCUUGGUCGAUUCGCUGUGCUGGAGCACAACAAAAUCGAGAAUGCUCUUCUUGAGUUUAGAAAAGUCAUUGAUGCCAAAGAGCAGGCUGUGUCUGGAAAAAUGUAUCAUCUUACUCUAGAGGCGAUUGAUGGUGGUCGGAAAAGGAUAUAUGAAGCUAAAGUUUGGGUGAAGCCAUGGCUGAAGAACUUCAAACAAUUGCAGGAUUUCAAGCGUUCUUAUGAGGCUCCUUUGCCGGGUAUUGGCAUCAAACAAGACAGGUUUGUACUAGGGUGGCAGAUAUUGCCAAUACAUGAUCCAGUGGUCAGUCGAGCGGCAACCUAUGCUGUGCAGGCCAUCACACAAAUGUCUAACUCUUUGGUUCCAUAUGAACUUGUAGACAUCCUUUUGGCCAAGAAGAAGGAAAUUGAGAAUUACGUGAAGUUCUAUCUGAUCUUGAGUGUCAGGAACGUGGUCAAGAAAGAGAAGUUCAAGGUCAUGGUUAGGAAGACCAUUGAGGGAAAGUUUUACUUGGAUUGCAUGGAGCAAGACCACUCCUGAAUAUAUGUACUUUUUCCCCAUAGGUAAAUAACGAAUAAUGGUUUGCUGUCAUCUUGUACUAUUGGUGUUACACUAAUACCUAUAUAUAUCAUUUUCUAUGCAUGUUGUACAUAUUGAUUCUGUGUGUAUAUGAAAUUUUCUUUUUUAAAUAACGUAUUCAUGCUGCAAUGUGGGAAAUUAAAGGCCGGG